AUGGCGAAGCAUGCUCGGCUUGCACCUGGCGUGGUAGCGAGCGAGUUUCAUCGUCUCGAGGGUGCGCAGGCCGGUGGGGGGUGGAUCUGCGCAAGCGAGGUGGAUGAGAGUGACCACACGUCACUCUUGGGUGUACCAGCACCGAGUGGUCGACGACGUGAUGAGAGUCAAGGUCGGGUAGCAGAAGAAGGGUCGAUUGAUGCCAGACGGCACCGCCUCCCAGACGAAAUCCACAGUCUCCUGCACACGAAGGAGGUCGAACAACAGUGCGUACCGCACCCCAAAAGAAGGACAAUUCAAAUACAUGCCCAACCGAAGAUCCGGCAGUCGGCAGCACAUCACUUCAUCAAAGCACGAAGGAAGCAGAUGCUCGACUUCGCUUGCACGCCUGGCAAGAUGCUCCGGUUCGGUGACGCUGAGCUGCUGCCGAACCCUGAACGAACCAAUGUCCUGCGGCCCUGCCUAGGCAACUUGGCGUCCGUGGGUGCCCUUUCAAUGUGCAUCAAAUCCACGUAUCGCUUUGCUUGA